AUGAAUUCGCUGGUGGUGUUCUUAUCUGUGGUAGCGCUCGCCGUGGCUAUGCCUUCUGGCAUACAGUUCCACGGUGGACUUCUCGCCUACUCUGCACCGAUCAUCGGCUCUGCACCCGCAGCUGUAUCUCACCAGUCCCGACUUGACAUCAAGUCAUCACCGGCAGUAACCACCACCGUUGUCGCCGCACCAACAUUGCUCGCUGCUCCUGCUAUUACCACCGCCGCUUUCGCUGACGCAGCUGUGUCCAGCCAAUCUCGCAUCGACAUCAAGUCAAGCCCUGCCAUUACCAGCACCGUCGUGUCAACACCUGUCACCUACAGCGCGCCUGCAUUGGCCUUCAGCUCACCUCUUCUCAGUGAUGCCAUUGCACCUGCUGUCAUGAAAACUGGUUAUAUAGCUCCUGCCAUCUCGAAGAGCGCUGCUAUCGCAAGUCUUGCUUUUGCUACCGAAACUAUUGCUGCAUCUGAUGUUCCCCUGGACACUCCUGAAGUUCUUUCUGCACGCGCGGCCCAUUUUGAAGCUAAGGCACUAGCUAAAGCCCAUCUAAUCAAGAAACGUUCAGUUCAGCUGGCCGCCGCUCCUUUAGCCACUUCCUACGCUGCUAUUCCUUGGAUCUCUACCUACCACGCUGCUCCUUAUUCGUACACAGUUCCUAUUUCUCUAUCAUCUCCACUUAUCAACAAAGCUUACGGUGUACACGCGUGGUAA